AUGCAUCGGCUGACUCUCCCCUUUGUCGCCUUGCUGGGUGGCGUCACAGCGGUCUCACAGGUAUCGGCCGUGGAAAGCGUCGAUGCGUUGACCGAUUGUUUGACCGCGGCCAGCGUGCCGUUCGAUGAGGCGGGCAGCACGGACUACGACCUCGACGUUUCCUCCUUCAACCUUCGCCUCAACUACACUCCGGUGGCUGUUGUGGCAGCUGAGACGGCACAACACGUUCAGGACGCCGUUGCUUGUGCGAAUGAGGCGGGCGUCAAGGCUACGGCCAAGUGCGGUGGUCACAGUUAUGCCUCCUUUGGGCUGGGUGGUGAGGAUGGGCAUCUGGUCAUUGAGAUGAGCCGGAUGAACAAGGUGGUGUUGGAUAACUCGACGGGCAUUGCCACAGUGGAGGGUGGCACACGGUUGGGACACCUGGCCGUGGAACUGUUCAACCAGGGUGGGAGGGCGAUCAGCCAUGGGACAUGCCCUGGCGUUGGUGUUGGUGGGCACGCCUUGCACGGUGGCUACGGCUUGAGCUCUCACACCCAUGGGCUGGCUCUGGACUGGGUGGUUGGGGCUACGGUGGUGCUCGCCAACUCGACAGUCGUCAACUGCUCGGCAACUGAAAACCCGGAUCUCUUCUGGGGGGUGCGCGGUGCUGGUGGGUCUAUGGGCAUCGUGACCGAGUUCCGCUUCGACACCUUCGAUGCCGCGGGUAACUUCACGUACUUCGUCGCCCCGGUUAGGUGGGCGACCGAGGAGAAGGCGUUGAUUGGCGUGAGCGCGGUCCAAGAGUUCGCAAAGACCAUGCCGGCUGAGCUCAACAUGCGGCUGUUCAUCGCCCGCAGCUUUACUAACAUUGAGGGGCUCUACUACGGCGACAAGGCAGGCCUGCAGGCAGCGCUUCAGCCGCUGCUGAACCAGACCAAUGCCACGCUAGCCAUGGCUACGACGGGUGAUUGGAUGGCCCAGUUGAAGUACUUUGGCGGCAGCUCGAACCUCGAUCAAGGACACGGCUAUGCGGAGCACCAAACAUUCUACUCCACCAGCCUGUACACUAAGGAGCUCAGCGAAUCGCAGCUACAAAACUUUGUCGGCUACUGGUUCAACACGGCCAAGAACAACACCCGCGACUGGUACGUGCAGAUCGAUUUACACGGCGGCGAGAACUCCGCUGUAAGCAAUGUGUCGGUCGACGACACCGCGUACGCCCACCGCGACUACUUGCUCAUGUACCUGCUGUACGACCGCGUCGACAGCGGCGAGUACCCGGCCGGCGGGCAGACGAUCAUGGAGAACUUCGCUUCCAACAUCACCCAGGGUAUGGAGCGUGCCGACUGGGGCAUGUAUGUCAACUAUCCGAACUCGGGGCUCAACCAGGAGGAUGCCCAGGCGAACUACUGGGGCUCUCACUUGGAGAGGCUGCAGGCUAUUAAGAAGAGUGUGGACCCGAAUGAUCUAUUCCAUUACCCGCAGGGUAUUCUUCCAGCAGUGUGA